CUUUUCGUGCUGACUCGUCAUUGCGCAGAUCUUAUUAAAAGUUCCGUCACCAUCUGGACCUGCACCUGAACCUGAACCUGAACCUGCGCACGACUUUAAGAUUUCCAAGUGCCGGAAGGUUGAUAAUCUUCAACACAGGCACCCGGUGAAAGUCAAUUGAGCGAGGCUCAACUAAGGACAACCGCAACGCAACCAGAUUCACGCUGUGUCCUGAACGGUGUACCUGCUUACCGAGCGUUUAUCUCCGUUACGGAGUAUGGAAUUUGGGUCUGGGUUAAGCUGUGAUCAUCAACUGCUCCGGGCUGUAGUGUAGCGCCACUUGUGCUGUGGCUAUAGGAGCUGUGGUUGGAUAGAUCGAGAUCAACACAAGCAUCAUCCCCCUACCAAUAUCCCUUUCAAGCAUCGUAUGAUCGUAUCGCAGAGCAGGAAGCAAACUCCUUUCCCAUCUCAGCCCGUUACAGCCGGUCUGUUCCUUCUUCGUCCCACUGUGGGGCCCGCCGCCAUUGGAGCCAAAAAGCUUCGACUCUAGAACCGGCAUUCGUGCUCGGUCGACCUCGGUGUUCAGAGCGGAUUAUUAUUUUCGUUUGGGCACUCCAAAUAAAUAAUAAGCCACCCCCUCCACCUCCCUCCAUCACUGCAAAAUCCCGUCAACAUACCACCUUACCAUUGUCCCGGAUAAGAUACUACAGUUCAAGUAAUUGUAUCUAGUAAACCGCCAUAAUGAACGCGGCCGAUCAGAACAUGAUCCGCAAUGAGAGGGAUGCCUCACCUGAGCGGUUCCCUAUACCAGGAACACAUCACAAUCGCCAAAGUCACGAAAUCGAAAGAAUACCAACAGCUUCAUCCGCUUCUACCUCCUCCGCAGAUGUAACUAAGCGACACGGAUCGAGGGGAGGUAGUUUGAACCAAGUACCAACACAAAGGGAUCUCGAACGACAUCCUACAGUACUAAGCAGGAUACAUACAGCCAAGAGUCAGCAUGCGGGCACGAUUGGUCAAUCUCUUACCACCAAGAGCAGAGACAGUAGGAGACCAAUACCCGAAAUGGGACUGGGGAAGCCUCUUCCGCCUGCUUUACCAGAUAGAGAAGAAUAUGUAGUUGAAUUUUCCGGUCCUGACGACCCCUUACAUGCUCAGAAUUGGCCAAUGAAGAAAAAGUGCGUUGUCAACGGUCUAUUAAGUUAACUGCGUUUCAUACUAACCACAAAUUACAGAAUUAUUACGGCUACGAUGUUAGGAUUUACAACUGCUGUGUCUGCCUUCACUUCGAGUAUUUUUUCAACAGCCACUGUUGCUGUUUCCAGCGAAUUCAACGUUUCCACCGAAGUUGGUAUAUUGGGUCUCUCAUUAUAUGUUUUGGGGUUCGCCAUGGGACCACUCUUUUGGGCGCCUCUCAGUGAGUUAAAGGGUAGAAGAUUACCACUUGUUAUUUCCAUGUUCGGAUUUUCCAUCUUUCAAAUAGCAGUCGCUGCCGGAAAGGACCUGCAAACUAUUUUGCUUAGCAGGUUUUGGGGAGGUUAGUACCAAACUUUCAACACGCUUAGAAAACUCAGAAGCUAACUUACAUAGGCAUCUUCGGUGCUUGCCCACUUGCCGUUGUAGCAGCAGUCUUCUCCGAUAUGUUCGAUAACCGAACUCGUGGGAUGGCCAUAACAGUUUUCUCUAUGACAGUGUUCGCAGGUCCACUUCUCGCUCCAUUCAUCGGUGGUUUCAUUGUCGAUUCCUACCUAGGUUGGCGUUGGACCGAGUGGCUGGUCGCCAUUUUAGGAUUCGUUGCUUUCUUCCUUAACCUCUUCUUCCUCGAGGAAACCUAUCCCCCCGUGAUUUUGGUUCAAAAAGCUGCGGAACUUCGUCGCAGAACCAAGAACUGGGGUAUUCAUGCCAAGCAGGAGGAAAUCGAGAUCGAUUUCCGUGAGUUGCUUUCAAAGAACUUCAGUCGCCCAAUGCGAAUCCUCUUCUCCGAACCGAUUGUCCUUCUCCUUUCCAUCUACAUGUCCUUCAUUUACGGACUGCUCUAUCUCUUCCUGACCGCAUACCCCAUCGUUUUCCAACAAAUCCACGGAAUGAAACCCGGUGUUUCGGGCCUUCCAUAUUUCGGUAUGAUCAUUGGCAUGCUCAUUGCCGGAGUUUAUAUUAUCGUCACCCAACCAUCAUAUAACAAGAAACUUCUCGCCAACAACAACGUCGUCAUUCCGGAAUGGCGUCUUCCACCGGUGAUAGCAGGAGGUAUCUCCUUCACAAUCGGAGUUUUCUGGUUUGGUUGGUCCGGCUACAAAGAGAGCAUUCACUGGAUUGUUCCAACUCUCUCAGGUCUCUUCACUGGUUUCGGUCUUCUCGCCAUUUUCCUCCAGUCCCUUAAUUACAUCGUGGACGCAUAUCUCAUGUUUGCGGCUUCCGCCAUCGCUGCAAACACCUUCCUCCGAUCGCUUGCUGGGGCCGGAUUCCCCCUCUUCUCCUCCUACAUGUUCAAGGGCUUGGGAGUCAACUAUGCUGGAACCCUCCUUGGUUGUGUCGCUGCUGUUUUGGUACCCAUCCCAGUCGUGUUCUACGUCUAUGGAGCCAGGAUUCGACAGAAAAGUAGCUUUGCGCCUACCGGGCCACCAUCAGCGCCAAGCGACGAGGAUAUGAGCCCGGCUCCUUUGACCGAGAAGGAGCGGGGUGAAAACGCUGUUUGAAGCUCUUCUUCGGAAAUCUCGAGCAGGAACAAAUCUCUUUCGCUCUGCUUUUUAUCUUGCGGUAUUUUCUGUCUAUAUUUUUGAUGUCCGUGACGGAUGUACUUCUUCUUAAUAUGGGUUGCGGAGGCGUUUUGGGCUAUGGGAUUUAGACUACUUGAUACCAAUCUCUUGUUCUGUUGUUAUUAAGCGAAAAGUGGAUGACAUGAUCUCAAUGUUAUAUGGAUGGGAAUAAACAAUAAUGGUAAAAUAUAAUGUUAGAUAGCAAGAAAACUUUCAAGAAUACAUGUGCC